CUGUUUGAAGACACAACCUUUCUCUCGUUGCAUGCAGACGGUACCCAGAGAAAGAGAGAGAGAGAGAGAGAGACAAGAUAAUAACACACAUCUCGGCUUUUAACACACACUUAUCCACCAGAGUGGGGUUUUUUUUGUAAAUUAUUUUUAUUUACACCAGCCUGCUUCAGUGUUUCGGCUCAGUUCGGCGUGCUGCGAUUUUGUCCGAGUGCCAGGAAACUUAACUGGGGAUCCAUGGUGUUAAAUUUCCAUUGUAACAAGUGGAUAUCAGGAGGCGACCGGGCCAAGGUGUAAUGAGAGCGCUGGUCAUGGACAGAUGAUGGACGUGGAGACGUCGUACUCAGACUUCAUCAACUGUGAUCGCACAGGCCGCAGGAACGCAGUGCCCGACAUCGCAGGUGAGGGGACAGCAGGGGCCAGCACCAGUGAACUCACCAAAGACCUGGCAGGGAUGGACUUGAAGGCUGCAGAAGGAGACCCGGGGGCCUCGCCAGCCCCCGAGGCUGAGGGCUCCACCAGCCAAGAUGCCCAAGGAAGCGGAGGCCCAUCCUAAACUCAUCCGAAGACCGAAGGGGGGCAGAGUCAAGGAGUGAUAUGUAGAUUGGAAGCAAGUGAAAGUGGAGAGAUGGAAAAAGGAAAGAGAGAGUGUUUAUUGGUUGUCCUAACUGGACAUGAGGACACCUUCAUUCACUACCAGCUUGUUUGGAGCCUCGGUGGCCCAAAUGCAUGACUUUUUAUUGGAUCAGAUUGUAACACAGGGAACAGAACAGAGUAGAACUGACAAUUGAGAUGCUGCUCUUUUGCUUCAUACUCUUGUUAGUCAUUUAUAUUCCUGACGUGACAAGAAAGCACAGAAACUUUGGAUGUCUGUGGAGAUGGACUGAGCUGAACAGAAUACAUUUAUAACACUCGAAACAUCGUUCCAGCCUAAUAUGGAACCGUGUCUUGGAAGGCGUAUUCAUAAUCAUCUGUUUGUCAUUUUCUUUCUAUGUAUGUGUGUGUGUUUGUGACCCUCUUGUUCUAUUUCAUUGUCAAGUCUUUUCUUAUUUUAGUAAAAAGCAUAGUCGCCAUUAUACUGUCGUGUAUGGACUUCAUAUUUAUUGCUAAAUGUUCAGUGAUAACUUUGUGAUAGCAAUUUUCUUUGUGUAAUAAAAUACUUAUGAAUCUACUGUAA